GCCACUCAUCAGUGUUCUUUCUUUAUUAAUUAUCUUUAUCAAGCCACGCCCAAAGUUCUUGCCCACGCAGUCCACGUGUGUAAAAUGGUGUCUAAUUCAUCGUGUGAAGAAAACUUUUAUACCCCAACUAGUCUGUCUAGUCAUGAUGAUGAAACUACUGUUCCUAUUGUGUUUAGGGGCCAUCAUCUUCCAGUACACGAUACUACCUGUAUGACCAGGACAGAGGAGGAUAAAGGAGGAGCUACUGGUACUAAAACGGGACAGAUUUGUAUCUGGAACUUAUACAGGAAGAGAAUCAACGGAGAAUUUGUGUUAUGUCCAAGACUAUUAUUACUAGGAAUGGAGUCUGGAGAGAGGGACAGGAUUGUCAGUCUUAGUAAAAAUGGUUGCAUAGCAUUGUGGGAUGGUAAAGAUGGGACGUGUCUUAAGACUGUUAAUAAUUAUGGAAAUGGAAUGCAUUAUGGAAUAAAGCUGCAGGUGUGGAGUCUAUCAUUGGUAAGCUUCAUUGAGAGGAAGGUUCUGCCGCUCCUGAUUUCAAGUCUCAUUUCACUGGCUCUCUCUCUGACUCAUGGCAGUCCCCAGCCACUCCUUGUUCCCUUAUUGACUCAGUUUAUCCCAGUAUCAGUGCUGGUCCUUCUUCCAAUAUUACUGUUUCUUUAUUUUUGACACAAUUUGGUUGGUUGAUCUGUGUAUUGUCCAAUGGUGGUAUUAUAGUUCUAUCAGGAGCUC